GAAAACCUCAUUGUCAUCUCAAGUGCAUGUGGCACUUGUCAUCUUUCAAAAAUGUAUCGAAAGAAUUAAAAUUCGAUGCAACUAAACUUAAACCAGGAGACUUAACUAAAUUAAUAUCUCGUAUAAGUUUGGUUGACACUGACAGGACAUCUAUCUGUCAAAUCUUCCCCAACACGUGCUUGGGAUAUAUUCUUGUUAACGUUUUGUUUAGAUAUUUAUUGAAACAUAAAAUUUAUUUUGCUAUUAUAAAUAAUAAAUAUGCCGAAAGUAAAAACAGAAAAAAAGAAUCGUAUUCAUCAAGAUGUUGCAAAACAAGGUAUACUAUUUAACAAAGACUUUGGUCAGCACAUUCUCAAAAAUCCCUUAAUAAUUACUGGAAUGCUUGAUAAAGCUGCAUUAAGACCAACGGACGUGGUGCUAGAAAUUGGUCCUGGUACAGGAAAUAUGACUGUAAAAAUAUUAGAACGAGUUAAAAAAGUUGUUGCUUGUGAAAUUGACCCUAGACUAGUUGCUGAAUUACAAAAACGUGUUCAAGGAACACCAUAUCAACCGAAACUACAAAUUCUUAUAGGAGAUGCACUAAAAGCAGAACUACCCUUUUUCGAUAUCUGUAUUGCAAACGUACCGUAUCAAAUUAGUUCACCUCUAGUUUUUAAGUUAUUAUUACAUAGACCAUUCUUUCGUUGCGCCGUAUUAAUGUUUCAAAGGGAAUUUGCUCAACGACUUGUUGCUAAACCUGGUGACAAAUUAUAUUGUAGGCUGUCGAUAAAUACUCAAUUACUGGCUCGGGUGGAUAUGUUGAUGAAGGUGGGCAAAAACAAUUUUAAGCCACCGCCAAAAGUGGAAUCUUCAGUGGUUCGAAUAGAACCAAGGAAUCCACCACCACCAAUUAAUUUCUCAGAAUGGGAUGGCUUAACCCGAAUCGCCUUCAUCAGAAAAAAUAAAACAUUAUCAGCAGCUUUUAAACAAUCUUCUGUUAUCGAAACACUGGAAAGAAACUACAAAUUACAUUGUUCCCUGAACAAUAUAAGUGUGCCACAAGAUCUAGAUAUGAAAACUAAAAUCGAGUCAAUAUUGACUGAACAAAAAGCUGAUCAGAAAAGGGCGCGGACAAUGGAUAUAGAUGACUUCAUGGAAAUACUUCAUGCAUUCAAUGCAGAUGGCAUACAUUUUGCAUGAUAUGUGAAUUAGAUUAGAAUUAAAAUAAAAAAUCAUAUUGGCAUAAUCAUAAUUGUCUUAAUUGCACUUAUUUACAAUUACCCUAAUCACUUAAAAAUUUAUAUCCUCUUGGAAGUUUGAUUCAUCAGUAACAUUAA